AUGCAAGCUACGCUCGACAAAGCUGAUUUUCGUCACCAAAGCGUGGAGAAUGGUGAGGACUUCGUACGUUCCCAUAAAUCUUCCUCUGCACCUCCUCAAUCCCACCAUAACCCCCCGCAUAGCCACUCUAGCCGCCUUUUUAACAACAUUUCCGGUAAAUUAUAUCGUGAUUCUGCCAAGCGGGCGGUCGCCUCAGCGCCGUCAUCACCGCGAUCUGACCGGAUGAUGGCUUCGCCGCCUGCCGAAAAAGACGAAUUUUUUUCCCACGCGCUGCCAUCUUUGCCGGGGUUAUUUUCUGCAAUGCCCCGCCUUCCGCUGUUUUACGUGAUGGAUGGCGACGGCGACGGCCGCUUUAGCCGCGAGGAUAUCACCCGUUUUACGACGUGGGCGGCCACGAAACAAGCGGAAUGGAAGAAAAGGGGAGAAAAUGCCUACACUAUUAAUAAUAAUAACGUGGAUAAUAGGGAACUCUUGCAGGCGUAUGCCGUGCUGGAGUGCUGGCGACGAUGCCAAUGGGAAGGGCAGCGUCUUUCUCGGGUGUAUUUUUCCCACUACGCAGAAGAAGGAGAUAACAGUAGUGAUGUAAAACGCUUCCGCCGUCAGUCGCUGGUGCUUUUGAUUUUGAUGUUUUUUGACGAGUUCGAUGUAAAGGAAAAGUCUCCGAAGUCGACCGUUGGGGAGGCUGCAUUACACACAGAUGAGAAUAUUCUACCUUUUGAUCUUGAGAUCUCUCCUGAACAGGGGGACCUCUUCGCCGGGGUUCACUUCGCGCGGUGGGUACUGAGGCUGUUGUACCAACGGGAGCUUUCUCGCCGCCGCGCUGUCGAUUAUUAUUGUCAAACAAAAACGAAAGACGCAGGAAUGGAAGAAAAAGAAGAAAAGUUGUUUAACGCGCUGCUCGUGGAGAGGGCAGCGGAUUUCACGCGUCUUCAUCGCCGCGGUUGGGUAACAUUACAGGAGGUGGCGGCGGUAUAUGACUUCUUCGGUGGCGAAGAGAUCUUAUCAUUGUCUUUUUGGGAAUUCUGUCGAGCUUUGCACCUCAAGUCGGCAAAAGAGGUGGAGGCUGCACUCAGCCUGAGCACUGCGGCGGCGGUGAAAACGAUAAAAGGAGCGGCGGUGGUGGAGUCGGCGAGGCGACGUGUUGCGCUUGAGCUGAUUAGCCGUCAUCGCUGCCGUGGAUUUGGCGCCACCGAAUCAUUUGAAAAGGGGUUUGAAAAGAACGCCUUAUCUGUGGAAGAAGGCAAGGCUUCUCCUCCUUCUUCUUCUUUUUAUAGAAUAACUGAGGGAGAGGAGGGCAUCGUCACGGAGGCAUCGCCUGUCCCAUCUUUUAUAGUUUCGCGCUAUACUCUUUUGGUCUUUAUUCAUAACAUUAUGACAUCCCAUUGGGAUACACUAAGGACGAUGGGAUUUAGUCCGUAUACUAAAGAUCACUUGCAGCCGUCUACCAUACCUUCCGGAGCGAGAUAA